AAAACAAAAAAAAAAACAGGUCGUCACGAUACCGCGAGAUUACGCAACCAGGAAGUGGAUACCUCCGUUGAAUGCACUUUUGGAAACGUGUUGUUGACGCUGAGGCAUGUUCCCACACGGCGCAUCACCGAGGAGGCGACCAGCCUACAACCCCAGGCCGUAUCACGCACCCGCUCAGGUGGAUCCCCCCUUUUUCCAGCACAGAGCGGUCGACGGGUAUGAUGUUCCUGUACAUGACAGCUUACCUAUUUAUGAUUGGAAGCCUCGUCCACUGGCCCCUCCCCCACCUCCUCACAUUAUGGAGAAUUGGCGCAAGAGGAAACAUGAGGACCACGACUCCCCGAUUGUGAAGCGCCUACGUGGUGACGCUUCAUCAUCCCUCCCCUCUUCGAGACAUCCAGUCAGUCGGCACACUCAUCCCUCUUUUAGUCCUGACCAUGCGGUGGCGGGCUCCUCGAGAUCAUCCUCUGUUUUUAGUCACCCUCAUUCCCAUGUGCACCCUCACGUGCCUGCGAUCCCACGCAGCUCCACGAACAUGCACUUCUUUGCCGACGACAAGCUAAGCGCUCAGGUGAUGAAGCUGUUCGAGAUGUGCCAGCAGCAGUCUUCUGAUUUAUGUCAGAAAGAGAAGUGCCGAAGUUGGCUGCAACGAGACGAGCGAGUCUCAGAAAUGGGGCGGCUGUAUAUGACGGGAUCCACCAUGAGCGGGUUAGCCAGUCGGAGCAGUGACGCCGAUUUGUGUUAUGUCCUCCAUGAAAGUAAAAAAGCAGAUCCCAUUGCUGUACUCUCUGCCCUCCAAAGGAUUAUGAGGUCAAUGAUUUAUGUGGAGCGGAUGCGGCUGAUCAGAGCCAAAGUGCCGAUCCUCAGGUUCCAAGAAAAAGGCAGCAAUCUGGUGUUUGACCUGAACGUCAACAACACAGUGGGCAUCCGAAACACAUUCCUCCUGAAGAGUUAUGCAUACGUUGAACCCAGGAUACGACCCCUAAUCGUUGUCAUCAAGAAGUGGGCACGGCACCAUCAAAUUAACGAUGCCAGUCAAGGAACGUUAAGCAGCUACGCACUGGUGCUGAUGGUGCUACACUACCUCCAGACUCUCAAAGAACCAGUGCUUCCUUCACUACAAAUGGACUUUCCAGAGUGUUUUGAUCCCUCUUUGGAGAUUGACAGGAUCCCCGAGGCAGCUAAAAACAUCCCCCGCUACAACUCACAAAACCAGUCGUCUCUGGGAACGCUACUUCUGGGUUUUCUCCGAUAUUAUGCGACAGAAUUCAGCUGGAAGAAGAGCGUGAUCUCUGUUCGAGCUGGCAAAGCUUUGCCCAAGCAGAAUCAUCCAAAGUGGAACGACAAACUCAUAUGUGUGGAAGAGCCGUUUGAGAGGAAAAAUGUUGCACGGGCAGUCUUCAAGCAAGCCAAAUUUGAUGCCAUCAAAUCUCAGUUUCUUGAGUCCUGGCAAAUACUAUGGAAGGAGAUGGACCUGAACUCAAUUCUCCCUGUACAAGAUAUCAUUGAAGAGGAAACAUCCUGGAAAUGAGGCGUUACAUGACUCGAUGUGUUUUCCCAAAGAGGCACAGGAUCCAUCUUUCUCAAAACAUCCCAGUCCGCUGCAGCUUUGUAUGAUUUGCUUACACUCGUUGUAAAGAAUUGAUGUUGAGUGGGAUUUAUUUUUUGUCUUCCUCCUGUCACAUAACAAGUGUCUUUUGUACAUGUUUGUCAUGAGUUUUGUUAAGAAAUUAAAUCACUAAAGGUGAUGGAUUUGAA